UGUUCCAAACCAAACUUGUUUUGUAUCAUGAGUGUUACUUCCGACCAGAAAUGUUGAAUUUCAUUGCAUUCUCAAAACAUGUGGUUUAGAGAAUCGGAACUUGUCGAACAGAAAUCGCACAUGUUCGACUCUACAAGUUUACAUUUAAACAGAUAUGAAUUAUUUGGUAUAAUGUGUGAUGUAUUUGUACUGGAAAGUUCUGAGUUUAGUAUCUUCAGUAAGUAAUAGGGUUUGACAGAAGAGUUGUGUUUUGUCAAUGGUGUUUGUAUUAAGAAGGUCUUUCCUCUCCUUACACAUUUAAUUUGUGUAGGGUUGUUCGCGUUAAGAAGCCUUUUAAGAAGUUUGUACAUUGCUUUGCAUAAUUUAGUCUUAACUGGUAUAUGAUCAACAAAGCAUUUCGGUGGUGUAUAUGAUAUAUGCCCGAGUGAAAGAGAUUGUUUCCAUUGUACUGGGAUGCUCUUUACAAGCAACGAUGAACGGUCUACUACGGCUAUUUGCAGUUUUCAUAACACUGAGUGAAUGUCUGGGUUGUCGUUCUGGGUGGCUGAACCACGGUACGAGCUGCUACCACCUUAGUCAUGACAAAGAGGCCUGGAUAAAUGCGGAGGCCCUUUGCGAGCGGUUUUGCGGCUACCUUGCUGAGAUCAAUGACGUAAUCAAAGACAAGUUCCUCCAAGGAUGGAGCAGUACUGGAUUGGCGGGACUGACCUUGAAAACGAGGGCCCUAUGCGAGCGGUUUGGCAGCUACUUUGCUGAGAUCAAUGACGUAACCGAAGACACGUUCCUCCAAGGAUGGGUGAAUAACAUCAAUAAGCAGUUCUGGAUUGGCGGGACUGACCUUGAAAACGAGGGUGAGUGGCUCUGGGUACAUUCUAGAACAAUGAUGUCAUCGUCGUUUACCAACUGGCGGCUGGGAGAGCCCAACAAUGGCGGAGAUAGCGACGAAAACUGCGCCGAUGCGCGUCCUUUCUUUGGCUGGAACGACGAAAGAUGCUGGAUUACGCUCAAGUAUAUCUGCGAAAUGACUGAGUCAGUAAUUGAGUUUGACCUUGUUGUAUACAAUUUGAAUUUUGUUACAAAGCUUUUCAUUCAGCCCUAUUAAUCAACAUCACCCAGUCUAUUUGUUAAAAAGGUUUGCGUGCAUGUAAAUGUCACGCCCGGUCAUUCGUCAAUACCCAAAUAGUUAUUCUGCGAUUUCUUAAUAAAUUAUUAAGAUUAUUGGAUGAUACUUUGUUCACUUAUAAACAGUAGCCUGAUUAGUAUCCAGAUAUUUUCACCGCAAAUCAACGGUAAGGUGACUGCUACUUGAAAUUGCUGAUGUACACAAUCGAAUUUGUGAUCAAUCGAAACGAACAAAUAUGGUAUCAUUAAUCUGUGUAGACGUAGCAAAAAGUGCUUAUUAAGAGCAAUGAGAUGAUGAUGUAUACAUUUGCAUUGAGAAGAUGUUUAGAGGGAAUUCUAAAGUUUAAGAAAGAACGUUCAAGACUGUCUGUCAGCUGUUUGUUGGAAUUUGUAUUUACAUCGGACCUUUGAAACAAGGAUGCAUUGUUUAACGCUGUAAGUAAAGAAUAGAUACUGCGAGCAGAAGAGUCUUUUAUAAUUUGUUUGAUCUUUGAAGAUUCUCGUAUACUUAAGUGUAACUAAUUAAUUUGAUAAAAAAUUCAUACAUGUACAUAGUUUAUACACAUUUUAGUAACUCUUCAAAACGACUUAUGAUCUGAAAAUUAAUUUAGAUAACGUUCUGUAAAUAUACCUGCACUUUCGAAAAUAAAAGCUUUUGUUGUGCAGUGCUCUCUUACUAAGGAUGGACUUAUCUUAAACCUGUCUUGUUAAAAAACGUAUGUUGUAUAAUGUACUUUAUUUAUCGUUUUAGAGAACAACCGGAGUAGUUGGAUAAAAUAACGACAUAGAACUUGUUAUGGGAUUGUUAACACUUGCUUCCGUUUUGGUGUCAUCUGUUUAUUGUAUAAAUACAGUUCUUUCAGUUGAUUUGUAUGCAAACUAAAUACAAAUUGAGUUACAAUGAUA